UAAUGUUGCACUUCAGGUUAGAAAUUUCGUGUAUUUAGAUGAUAAAAAGUCUCACACGAUUACUUGUUGAAAAAAGGGGGACAGGACUUGCUUGAUUUUGAAUAAAAAAAAGAAAACAAAAAGUUUAUACGUUAUUGACUUUCGACAGCUUAAAAACAUUUCUAUUUGAUAACGACAAUGAGUUCAUAUCAGUUUGUGAACUCUCUAACUUCUUGCUACGGCCAGCGAAGCCAAGACUCUUCAAGCCAGGACUAUUACACACCACAGGUGCAAACAUAUGGCGGCUGUUACAGUGGGCCUGGUUCACCCGUUCAGCAAUACGGACCCUACCCUCAGCACAGUGGUGUCUCCCACCUCCAGAACGGAGGGGACCACCAUUUCAACAGUUGCUCUCAGAAUCGCCUGAACCACCCCCAGAGUCCUCGCACGCCGACCCCUUCAGUGACCCCGGUGCCGAGCUGCAAGUACGCCGAGCCCAGCGCCGCUUCGCCACAGGAUCUGAGCACCACGAGCGGCUCGGCCCACCCUCCCCCUCCAGGGAGCCCCGAGUCUCGAACCUCCCCUCAACCUCCGAGGUCACAACAGCACCCAUCACCCACGCACUCGCAAGGGGUGCCCACCCAGCAGCAGUCGUCGAACCAGCAGCAGGCCAGCCCUCAGCAGCAGACGACACCACAAGAUGCCUCGUCCCCGCAGACGACUCAGCAGGGACAGCAGAAAACAGCCUAUCCCUCAAACCCACCCCAGAUCUACCCUUGGAUGAGAAAAGUUCAUGUUGGUCAAAAUGGCGUGAACGCAAUGGGUGAGACAAAGCGGCAGAGGACGUCCUACACCAGGUACCAGACCCUGGAACUGGAAAAAGAGUUUCACUUCAACAGGUACUUGACGAGGCGGCGGAGGAUCGAGAUUGCACAUGCCCUUUGCCUCAGCGAGCGACAGAUCAAGAUUUGGUUCCAGAACAGGCGAAUGAAGUGGAAGAAAGAGCACAAGCUCGCGUCCACCAUGCCUCCGCAAAUCCCACAGGUGAUGGCCGACCACCAUCCUCACCACCAUCACCCACACCACCAUGCACACCACCUACACGGUGAGUAA